AUGACCCCCUUGGUACAGUUGCUGAAACUGUCCUCCGAGGGAAGCUCGUGCUACGGUAUGCUCAUCGCUGUGGGCUCGUCUUAUGCCUCUGGUUGUAAUGUUCUGGUUGCCAACCUUGAGAGGGUUUAUGCCAAAGCCGUCCUGCAUGAGCUCUCGCACUUAUCGUGGACUAUAGUCAGGAAGGAGCUCUUAUCCGUUAGAUACGGCCUUAGUAUCUUCAAAAGUCAAGUCCUCAAGAACCUCUCCAAAAAGACUAUCCCCACUAAGCUCUACCUGUACACCGACGACUCUGCCAAUUACCAGCGCACCAAGAAAGCCAUCAAGCAAGGGAAACCCAGCGAGGACCUGCCUCCGUGGGAGAAGAAUUGUAUCUCUUCGAUUAUCGACUUGGUCAACGAGCUUAAGGUCGAGUUGAGCUUCAUCCCUGGUGGGAUGAAUCCCGCGGACUGCCUGUCCCGUGGGGACAAGGACACUGUCGAUUAUGGGCUCCUACAAUCGACGAUCAAAGCACUGGUGCGAGGCACUGUGGAUCCAAACACUAUCCCUACAGCAUUGACAGCGAUAUCUACAUCUACCAUUUUCUCACAUCUCAAGGAUCAAUGCUCUCAGACUGAGGUAGCGGAUGUGCUGGAAAGGAUCCGUCAAGCUCAACGAGACGACGGUCAAGUCUUCUACAUCAAGGAAGCUGUGUCCAACGGUAACGCCACCUACAAGGAUCG